UAGGUUUCUACCCGACCGCAUUUUGUCGGCGGCUGCGUUUCCGGUAGCGGCGGCGGGAAUCGGGCUGCAGGCGGGCGACUAGGCCUCUGUGGAGGCGAAUCGGGCGGGAAUCGGAGCCAUCAGAACCGCCACCAUGACUGUGGGCAAGAGCAGCAAGAUGCUGCAGCACAUCGACUACAGGAUGAGGUGCAUCCUGCAAGAUGGCCGCAUCUUCAUCGGCACCUUCAAGGCUUUCGACAAGCAUAUGAAUUUGAUCCUCUGUGACUGUGACGAGUUUAGGAAGAUCAAGCCAAAGAACUCCAAACAAGCAGAAAGAGAAGAGAAGCGAGUCCUUGGCCUGGUGCUUCUGCGAGGAGAGAAUCUGGUCUCCAUGACAGUAGAGGGACCUCCUCCCAAAGAUACUGGCAUUGCUCGCGUGCCACUUGCUGGAGCUGCUGGAGGUCCAGGCAUCGGCAGGGCUGCUGGCAGGGGAAUUCCAGCUGGUGUUCCUAUGCCCCAGGCUCCUGCAGGACUUGCUGGCCCAGUCCGUGGGGUUGGUGGUCCAUCCCAACAGGUGAUGACUCCACAGGGGAGAGGCACUGUUGCAGCUGCUGCAGCUGCCGCCACAGCAAGUAUAGCAGGGGCCCCAACUCAGUAUCCACCCGGCCGUGGGGGUCCUCCCCCACCUAUGGGCCGAGCGGCACCUCCUCCAGGCAUGAUGGGCCCGCCUCCUGGUAUGAGGCCUCCCAUGGGUCCCCCAAUGGGGAUCCCCCCUGGAAGAGGGACUCCAAUGGGCAUGCCCCCUCCGGGGAUGCGGCCCCCUCCCCCGGGGAUGCGAGGCCUUCUUUGACCCUUGGCCACAGAGUUAUGGAAGUAGCUCCACAGAGGCGUGGGCCCGAUUCCCCAGGGCCAUGUUACCACAGACCUGUUUGUUUGUUAUGCUGUUGUUCGUGGAGUCUCACCGGAUUGUCUGGUUUCCCUUACAGGGCCCCCUCCCCCGGGAAUGCGCCCACCAAGGCCCUAGACUCAUCUUGGCCCUCCUCAGCUCCCUGCCUGUUUCCCGUAAGGCUGUACAUAGUCCUUUUAUUUCCUUGUGGCCUAUGAAACUGGUUUAUAAUAAACUCUUAAAAUACUCUAA